UUGGCAAUAUAAUAUCACCCAACAUUUUUAAUCUUCUUUUUUCAUAAAACUCCACACAUUUAUGUAUUUUAAUUUAUAUUUUAUUUAUGGGUUUUGAAUUUUGAGACUCAAAGGUGUUAUCUUUACUAGUUUUUACUGCUGCCCCUGUUCCCAUCACAUUCCCACUGCAAUUUUUUGGCGUUUCUGAUAAUUGGGUUUGAAUUUCUUCACAUUUGUAAUUGAUUUGGGUUUUUGAAAAUUUCCACAUUUAGCUAGCCAUUUCUGGUUUGGGAAAUGGGAUUCUCUCUGACGGCGUCGUUUUAGGAGAAUGAGAGUGUAACCAUCAAGGUUCCACAGUUGACUAGAAAUAGAUAGACUAUCUAGUAAUGUCAAGGGUCACUAGGUGGAAGCUUGAGAAGACAAAAGUCAAAGUGGUUUUCAGGCUACAAUUCCAUGCCACAAAUGUUCCACAAACCGGAUGGGAUAAGCUGUUUAUAUCUUUCAUACCUGCUGAUUCCGGAAAAGCAACUGCAAAAACUACCAAGGCAAAUGUAAGGAAUGGGACCUGUAAAUGGGGAGAUCCUAUCUAUGAAACUACAAGACUUCUACAAGACACUAAAACCAAACAAUACGAUGAGAAGCUUUACAAACUUGUGGUAACCAUGGGUUCUUCAAGGUCUAGUAUCCUUGGCGAGACUAAUAUCAACCUUGCUGAUUAUGCUGAUGCUUCAAAGCCUUCGUCUGUUGCACUUCUACUCCUUGGAUGUGAUUCUGGAACUGUUUUACAUGUCACAGUGCAGCUGCUAACUUCUAAAACUGGCUUCAGAGAGUUUGAGCAGCAGAGGGAGCUCAGAGAGAGUGGUCUACGAACAACCUCUGACCAAAAUAGAAAUGAUGUAUCCACUACUAGAAAGAUAUCAUCUUCUGAAGAUACAGUGAAUGAUCAGAUGGAUAAGAUGAAUUCGAAGGUUAAAUUCAAAGAACUUUCUCCCCUUGAAGAGGGGGCUGGCCCGAAUGAAGAGUAUGCAGAUUCAACUGGUGGAUUUGAAUGUUCUUCCAAUACUUCAGAAAGUUUAUAUGCUGAGAAACAUGACACGUCUAGCACCCAUGAGAUUGAUAGUAUUAAGAGUACCGCCUCUGGUGAUUUAGGGGGAUUGUCCCUUAGUCAAAGUCCUGGACAAGAGAAACGACAUCCCACUGAUCAGCGAUUCUUGGCACAGGGAACCAGCGAGUGGGCUCAUAGCUGGGGUUCUGACUUUUCUGCAGAUGCUGAUUUGCCAAAUACUUAUGAGGAAAAUAGUAGGCUUAGAGGAAGCUUGGAAGCUGCUGAAUUAUCCAUUCUUGAGCUUAAGCAGGAGGUGAGCUCUUUACAGCUUCAUGCUGAUGAAAUAGGCAAUGACGCUAAAAAAAUUUCUUUUCAACUUGAUGCUGAAAUUGCUUCUGGAGAACAAUUAGCAAAAGAAGUUUCCGUACUGAGAUCCGAAUGUUCAAAGUUAAAAGAAGAUCUUGAGGAGCAAAAAAGUUUCAAUUUAACCAUUCCAUUCUCCCGCAGAGAAAGUAUUGAGACAAGCCAAGUUCACAUUUUUCAUGAGUUACACCUCAGGUGGUUUAAGGGGCUUUCAAGUAUGGAAGAUAAAUUAAAAGAGAUUCAGAGGAAGGCAAUCUUGGGAGUAAAUGAAAGGAACUUCCAGUCCUGUCACUCGGAUUUCGAGGCAUUGCUUUGUGUUUUGCUAGUUCUCAAACAAGAGACUGGGCAGGCAAGUUCAGGGAUGAACAUGACAAGCGUAAACCAGGCUGAUGAUAUGACUUUACAUAAAGGUGAGCAAUUAGUACUAGGAACAAGGGUGGAUGCAGAUUUCUAUAAACUCAAGGGUGCGGUUCAUUGUAUAAGCAUACCUGGCCUGGUGUCGCAAGACUUUGAUACUGUAGAUGCUGCCAAUGCAAUGAAAGGGAAAUUUGUUGAACUUUUAAGGGAGUUGGAUGAGUUGAGAGCUGAUCGAGAAAGCCUUGCAAAGAAAGCAGACCAGAUGGAAUGCUACUAUGAAGCUCUCAUUCAUGAACUUGAGGAAAACCAGAGACAGAUGAUGGGAGAAUUGCAGAGUCUCAGAAAUGAGCAUUCUACUUGCAUGUACACAAUUUCAUCUGCUAACUCUGAGAUGGAGAGAAUCCAGCAAGACAUGAACAACGAGCGAAUAAUAUUUUCCAAAGAAAAGUGUGAUUUGGACUCUCUGAACAAGGAGUUUGAAAGAAGGGCUACUACAGCAGAAGCAGCUCUUAAAAGGGCAUGCAUGAAUUACUCUAUUGCAGUGAACCAGUUACAGAAGGACCUUGAAUUGCUUUCUUUCCAGGUUCAGUCCAUGCAUGAGACUAAUGAGAACCUCAUUAAGCAGGCUUUUGAAGAUUCUUUGAUUCCAAGGUUUCAGGAGUGUGAAGAAACAGUGCAGAAUCGGAAAUCAGAUUCAGAGGAUUUUCUGUCAGCAAAAUAUUUGCAGUGUCAGAAUAAAUGUUACAAGACAAAGAAUCAGAAGUUAGAUGGGGAUGCAUUAUCAAACGAUUUGAGAAGAUCCCUCCUCUUACAGAAGGGGCUCUACCAAAAGAUUGAAGAAGAACUUUAUGAGGUGCAUCUGGUGAAUGUGUAUUUGGAUGUAUUCUCAAAGACUCUACAAGUUACUUUGGUUGAAGCAAGUGCUGACUUCGGAUUGACAAAAGAGAGAAUGCAUGAACUUUCACACCAGCUGGAGCUUUCAACUGAGUCCAAUGAGUUAUUGAUGCUGAGGCUGCAGACUGCAUUGGAUGAGAUUCGCUGCCUGAAUGAAUACAAGGAAACUUGUAAUUCGAUCCGCAAUGACUUGGCUCUGAAGAACCAAAUUUUGGAAGCAGAUUUACAAAACACUACCAGUGAAAAUGGUCUUCUUACCCAGAAGAUUGUUGAAUGGAAAGGUAUGAUAAAAGAAUAUGAAACUUAUGAGAGCAAAUACAAGGCCUGCACUACUGAAAAAUUACAGCUGGAAAAUUUGUUGCAAAAGGAAACCUUAGAAAACGACACUCUACAAAAUAGACUUUCCUCUUUGCGGGAAGAGUUGAAAUCUGUCAGAAUUGACUUUGAUGAGCUUGCUUGCACGAAGGAGGAUCUGCAGAAUAUUGUAAACUUUCUACAGGGUAAGUUAUGGAAUCUGUUGGCAUCUUAUGACCUAAAGUAUAAAAGCCUGGCUCCUUGCGGUGGAUCUGUCUGUCAAGACUUGGAAUCCAAAGAUUUAACAGGUGUACUGUUGCAAAUAGAAGAGUUUCAGAACAAGGUAUAUGAAAAGACUGUCCAGAUGAUUGAAGAGAAGAAAGACCUAGUGCAAGAAAGAGAUAUUGCUCAAGAGUCUUUACGCGCAGCAGAAUCUGAUAAUCUGAUGAUGAAGCAGAAAUUUGAACAUGAUCUACGAGGUACAGUGGAUAAACUAGAUGUUUUGAGUGCGCUGGUUCACAAGCUCCAGUUACGAGUUGAGGCCAUUGCAAACAGACCCGAGAUUAGCUCUGAAGCUGAAGACAAUUAUGCACAACAGCACAGAGAGCUUUUGUCUGAUCUUGAUAAUUUAGAAAUGGAGCUCCAGCAACUUACUUCUAAAAACGAGGGCCUUGCUGAGGAAUUUAUGGCAUUAGAGAAAGUAACUGAAGAAUUAGCAAGGUGUAACCUGGCCAUAGCAGCAUUAACAGAGGAAAAAGAAGCUUUGAUGGUGUUCUUACAGGAUAAAACUGAAGAAUCUUCCAGGCUUGCUCUCAAGCUUAAUAAUUUGCAAGGGAGUUUACUUUCUUUGCAUGAUGAGGUCCACACAGAGAGAAAUCUCAGAGAUAAGUUAGAGAGUAAAAUUACAGAUCUCACUUCCCAAUUGAACGAGAAGCAUUGCCAGUUGCUAGGUUUUGAUCAGCAGAAGGCUGAGCUGGUCCAUCUCAAACAAUCGGUAUCCGAUCUAGAACUGGAGAAAUCAAGAGUUUCCUGUCUCCUGUUGGACUCUGACGAAUGUAUAAAAGAUUUAGAAGCUCAAUUGUUUGAAAUGCAUGAAUUUUCGAUAGCUACUGAUGUUGGACUGUUUUUCACAAAGGCUCAAUAUGAGACCAGGAUUGAAGAACUAGGAAGGUGUAACCUCACCAUAGCAGCGCUUUCAGAGAUAAAAGAAGUUUUGAUGGCAUCUUUACAGGAUAAAACUGAAGAAUCUUCCAAGCUUUCUCUUGAGCUUAAAAGUUUGCAAGGGAGUUUGGUUUCUUUGCAUGAUGGGGUUCAAAAGGAGAGAAAUCUCAGGGAUAAGUUAGAGAGUACAAUUACAGAUCUCACUUCCCAAUUGAAUGAAAAGCAUUGCCAGUUGCUAGGUUUUGAUCAGCAGAAGGCUGAGCUUGUCCAUCUAAAAAAAUUGGUAUCGGAUCUAGAACUUGAGAAAUCAAGAGUUUCCUGUCUCUUGUUGGAAUCUGAGGAAUGUUUAAAAGACGUCCGUGAAGAGUGUUCCUCCAUUUCUGCCUUGGAGGCUCAAUUGUCUGAAAUGCAUGAAUUUUCAAUAGCUGCUGAUGUUGGACUCACUUUCACCAAAGUUCAAUAUGAGACAAGGAUUGAAGAACUAGAAAGGUAUAACCCGACUGUAGCAGAAUUAUCAGAGGAGAAAGAAGCUUUAAUGGAGUCCUUGCAGAAUAAAACUGAAGAAUCUUUCAAGCUUUGUCUGGAGCUUAAUAGUAUGCAAGGAAGUUUGCUCUCUUUGCAAGAUGAGUUGCAAACUGAGAGAAAUCUCAGAGAUAAGUCAGAGAGUAGAAUUACAGAUCUGACUUCCCAAUUGAAUGAGAAGAACAGUCAGUUGCUAGAUUUCAAUCAACAGAUGGCUGAGCUGGUCCAUCUCAAACUAUUGGUAUCGGAGCUAGAGCUAGAAAAAUCAAGAGUUCUCCGUCUCCUGUUGGAUUCUGAGAAGUGUCUUAAAGAUGCUCGUGAAGAGUGUUCUUCAGUCUCUGCUUUGGAAGCUCAGUUAUCUGAAAUGCAUGAAUUUUCAAUAGCUGCUGAUGUUGGACUCACUUUCACAAAAACUCAAUAUGAGGUCGUGAUCGAAGAGCUGUGUCAGAAACUGCACUUUUCAGAUAGCCAAGUUUCUGAUAUUCGCAACAAUUUCCUUAAUGUAGAUAAUAUGCUUAACAAAUGUCUUGCUAGCGAAGGGCAUUACCUUGAAGAGAACACUCACUUGAUGACAAGUCUCAAUUCCCUUAAAUCUGAGUUGGACGCCUCCAGUGCUCAAAACAGGAUACUUCUUGAUGCAAACAGUGCAAUGAGGACUGAACUUGAGGAAUACAAUAAAAGAGCUGAUAAUACGGAGGAUAUUGUCCGCAUGGAUAAAAAUCAGUCUGCUCUUGAGGUUGAAAGGCUGGAACAUCUUCUAAUGACAUCUGAAGAAGAGAUCAAUAACCUGAUAUUCUCCAAGGAAGAACUAGAAGUCAAAGCUUUAGUACUCAAAGCCAAGUUGGAUGAACAGUCCGCUCAGAUAACCUUGCUGGAAGGAUGUAAGGAUGAAAUGGAAAUGCUGCACGAUAGAUGUAGAGAGCUUACACAGAAGGUUGCUGAACAGGUCUUAAAGACGGAAGAGUUUAAAAACUUGUCCAUCCAUUUUAAGGAUCUUAAAGACAAGGCUUAUGCCGAGGGACUCCAUGCACAGGAUAAAAAAGAACCAGGAGGGCCACCAGCUGCCAUGCCAGAGUCCUUAAGAAUUGUAUUCAUCAAAGAACAAUAUGAAACCAAGCUGCAAGAACUGAAACAACUGCUUGCUAUGUCCAAUAAGCAUAGUGAGGAGAUGCUCCGGAAAUUACAAGAUGCAGUCAAUGAAGUUGAGAACAAGAAGAAAUCAGAAGCUACUAAUGUGAAGAGAAAUGAAGAGCUAGGAAUGAGGAUAUUGGAAUUGGAGUCUGACCUACAUUCAGUGCUUUCUGAAAAGCGUGAAAUAAUGAAAGCAUAUGACCUGAUGAAAGCUGAAAAGGAAUGCUCAUUAAUAAGCCUCGAGUGCUGCAAGGCAGAAAAACAAGAGCUUGAAGCAUCUUUGCAGAAGUGCAACGAGGAAAAAGCUAAAAUUGCUUUAGAACUCACCUCAGCAAAGGACUUGCUUGAGAGCACGUCAUCAUCUAUAAAUUAUCAGAGGGACGCAGACACAUCUGGCCUGCAAAGCAGCAGAAUAGCAGAGGAAACUUUAGCUAAGUUUUCUGAGCUAGAUGUAGCCAAUGGUGAAGCAUCUCAGCGUGAAUGCAUGAAUUCCAUUGAUGAAGCAGACCAGUCAAAUGUACUCAAUAAUAUAAACUCCAAGCAGGAUGAUCUUGUAUCCAGAGGUGUAAAUGGGAUCUCUAGUAUUGUACUUUCAAAGCAAAGGGAUACUCUUAAUACCGACAUGAAGCAUUUGGUUCUUGCCAACGAGAAUUUUAAGGCCCAAAGCUUAAAGUCUAGCAUGGAAAACUUAGAUAAGGAGUUGGAAAGGAUGAAACAUGAAAAUUUGCUUCUUCCAAUCGAUGAUCAACACCUUGACCCAAAUUUUCCUGGUUUACAAAGAGAGAUUAUGCAAUUAAAGAAGGCAAAUGAAGAAUUGGGAAAUAUAUUUCCCUCAUUCAAUGAAUUUUCUUGCAGUGGCAAUGCAUUAGAGAGGGUGCUAGCUUUGGAAAUUGAACUUGCUGAAGCAUUGCGGGCAAAGAAGAAAUCAAUUAUCCAGUUUCAAAGUUCUUUCGUGAAACAACACAGUGAUGAGGAAGCAGUGUUUCACAGCUUUAGAGACAUCAACGAGCUAAUUAAAGACAUGCUGGAGAUUAAGGGAAGAUAUACUACCGUGGAAACAGAACUCAAAGACAUGCAUGACCGUUACUCCCAGUUAAGCCUUCAAUUUGCAGAGGUCGAAGGGGAGAGACAAAAACUAAUGAUGACUCUCAAGAAUGUCCGAGCGUCAAAGAAAGCCCUAUACUUGAAUUGCUCCUCAACAUCCCCUUUUCUAGACCCUUCGUAAUAGUCACCGUAGCCAUCCAUUCUUGUUUGCGAAGAAAUAGCCCUUUACGGGGUUGAGAAUUGUUGGUCCGACAUGCCGUGCUGCGUCAUGUUAUCGUAUACGUGAAAGGUGAAUAAUGUAUGGACCAGUUAGCCGCUGGUGGUGAAACAUUACGAUGUUGAAAUGUGGUAACGAAAUCUCAGCAGCAGUGUAAAUAGAAACCUCUGCUGUUCUGUGUAACUGGUUUAUAGUAUCACAGGUACAGAACCCUGUUAUGAACCCUUCAUUUUCGGGUAGCUGGGGGAAUAUGUUGGAGUUCCGCUGUAUAGUCAAUCAAAGAUUUUGUCAUUUAUAUUUAAACAAAAUAAAAAAUAAAAAAAGCAUUUUUUUUCCCCA